AGGUAGCACUAAGUAGCAAAGACUUCUUCAAAACAAUGAAAGUCACGCAUUUCCUAAUAGCAGCGCUGCUGACUAUGUUCAGCUCAAAUGUUCGAGGCGACUAUUAUACAUCCAUCGUGAGUCUAAUCGAUCUGCUAGAGGCGGAAAUGCAAGUAAUUGGCUUUCUGGAGCAAUAUAUGGAAGCGAUGGAGGAAAUUAGCCGCAAAGCGAAUGAAACACUCAGCGAACUGGCGUACGCUUCGCAGGAGGCCGAUGAAGAUCCGGAGGAAUAUUAUGAGAAUCCAUUAAAUGCGUAUAAGAUCAUAAGUCGUUUCGUCAUCGAUUGGAAGAAACUGAAUGAAACGGUGUUCGAUGGCACACACGCUGCAGCAUACACGGCAAAUCUAACCGAGUUGGAUAGUAAAGAAGGCUACACUGCACCAACCCAAGAAGAUUUGAAGGGCGCAAGUAAAGGUUUGGCACGCCUACAACGCACCUACCAACUAGCGACCAUCGAUGUGGCCGAGGGCGAUCUGAAGGAAAUGAAUUAUGGACAAAAUUUCUCAACAAGCGAAUGCUAUUGGUUGGGUCGCAGCUUGUAUGAGGCUGGAGAUUUCAAAUAUGCCAGCGAAUGGCUGAUACAAGCGCGCAUACGUUUAGCCGAGGAAUUGCGCGCGUCAAACGACGUGCCGGAGUUUAAGGAAAUCAUUACCGAUGUACAGGUGCUGGAACUGCUCGCCGCUGCAUUGUUCUACUUAGGUAAAUCCAAUUUGGCUUCAUUCUUCAAUGACGAGAUUUUGGCGCAAGAGCCGACAAAUGAGAACGCUUUGAAGAAUCAGUUGCUUUAUUUGAACAAAGCGCAUGCGGAGCGUAACGCAGUUAGAGUUGUGGAUGAAGCAAAUAAUUAUCUGCAGCGCACCGAGCUCGACGAACUUUUCGAUCAGACCUGCAAUGGCGAUCGGCAGCAAACGCCACGCGAAAAACGCAAUUUACGCUGUCGCUAUGUACACAACAACGUACCCUUCUGCCGGCUGGCACCAUUCAAGAAGGAAGAACUUAGUCAUGAUCCACCAAUUGCCUACUAUCACGAAACUAUUUAUGACAAUGAAAUGGCGCGUAUAAUAAACGCCACUGAACAUAUGGUGGAGCGAUCCAUGGUCGGUGAUUCGAAACAAUCGGGUUACUCAGAAGUACGCACAAGUCAAAAUACUUGGCUUAAUUUAACCGAAAACGCAUUCUUGCAUAAGAUCGCACAGCGUUUGCGUGACGUGACGGGUUUGUCAUUGGAGUCCGGUGAGUCCUUGCAAGUGGCCAAUUACGGUAUUGGUGGUCACUAUGGCGCGCAUUAUGAUUUCAGUGAGGAAGAUGAUCCGGACGAAGACUACGAUGGCCAAGGUAAUCGCCUAUUGACCGCGUUGUUUUACAUCAACGAAGUGGAGCUUGGCGGCGGCACGGCCUUCCCCUAUCUACGCUUGUUGGCACCUCCCAUUCGAGGUAGCAUGAUUGUGUGGUAUAAUUUACAUAAAUCUUUGGAACUGGAUUAUCGUACCAAACACGGCGGCUGUCCUGUUUUGGUGGGCUCUAAAUGGAUUUGCAACGAAUGGUUCCACAUCGUCGGCCAAGAGUUCAAUCGUCCAUGUGGCCUAGAGCAGGAUGGUUACAAAUCCCUACCAUGGAAAGGUUUGCAUUGA